CCCCGGAUGUGGGCGUGGCCCUGAGGUGUCUGUCGCUGAGAGAACGUCUGUCGUGGCCCGGCCGAGUGGCGGAACUGAAUAUUAUUCUUAAUUAUCAUGUGACGGGCCCUGGAUUGAAUGGGGGGGAAAGUGUGGCGGACAAGGAUCCAAACUGGCGCGUUCCCUCAUCUUCGCGACCCUCCCCGCUCUCCGGCCAGCAGCGCUGCCAGGGAGUGCUGCCCCACUUCGGACCCUGCAGCGGCCUCUCCCAGCUGUGUAAAUGAGAAUGUCCCUGGCCCAGAGGGUGCUGCUCACCUGGCUCUUCACCUUGCUCUUCCUGAUCAUGCUGGUGUUGAAACUGGAUGAGAAGGCGCCCUGGAACUGGUUCCUCAUAUUCAUUCCGGUCUGGAUAUUCGACACCAUCCUCCUCGUCAUGCUGAUCGUGAAAAUGGCCGGCCGGUGCAAGUCUGGCUUCGACCCUCGCCAUGGGUCCCACAACAUUAAGAAGAAAGCCUGGUACCUCAUCGCCAUGUUACUCAAGUUAGCCUUCUGCCUCGCCCUGUGUGCCAGGCUGGAGCAGUUUACAACUAUGAACCUGUCCUACGUCUUCAUCCCUUUGUGGGCCCUACUGGCUGGGGCGCUGACGGAACUGGGCUAUAACGUCUUUUUUGUGAGAGACUGAAGUCUGCAUACAGAGCUCAUUUUGUGUCUGCUGCUCUGCAACAAGUGAUUAUUAAAAUGUUCCAGACCUUUAAAGGGAGCUGCUAGAAGGCCCGAGACCUGGCGGGAAAUAACGCAUGCAGCAGCGAUCUUCUGAUUCCAUGCAAUAAGGUCGGUGAAUCAUAGACUUCUAAUCAAAGCAAAGCUGAAUUACUCAGCUUAUGGAUAUCUUUAUUAUCACUCUGUAAAUAAAGUUUGUUUUUGACCUUA